AUGAAAGCCUCGGUCGUGGAACGUUCUCGUCGUAAAGACGGGUCGCUAAAAACAUGUGGAAAAUGUUUACGCUCAAUGGAAACUAUAGAUGAUCGACGAACUACAGCAGCUCGUCGCAAAGUACAACGCGCGAAAACAUCGGACGAUCGCAAGUACAAGACGGUCUUCGACAAGGGCUACACGCUAAACUGGACGACCGAGGUAUUCAGAAUCAUCAAGGUGCAGACGACUAAUCCCGUGACCUAUCUCAUCGAGGAUUCGCGCGGCGAGCCAAUCGCCGGAGGAUUCUACGAACACGAAUUGCAUCACGUUGCUAAUCCGAACAUAUAUCUCGUGGAAAAGGUGUUACGCAGGAAAGGUGCCGAGGUUUACGUGAAAUGGCUGGGAUUCGAUGAUUCGCACAAUUCAUGGAUACACAAGGAUAAUGUAGUUUAG